AUGAAUGCGGGAAUCAUCGCGAUGCUGAUGCACCAGUUCCCGUAUCAAUUUCCCGGCCUGCCAGUCCUGUCAACGAUUGCAUGGAUGGUUGAUUUUGUCUGGUUCAUCAUCGCCUCACUUAUAUUUCUCUUGCGUCUCGCGUGGUUUCGUCGAGAAGCAUACGAAGAACUAACCAACGACAUGUCGACCCUGGCCAUGCUUGCAUGUUGGCCGAUCUCGUGGAUGACGCUGGUCGGCUUUGUCUCGCUGACAGUCAGCGACGCAUACUGGGGCGGGCAUGCGUUCACCAUCGUCGCAUACGUGAUGUGGUGGAUAGGCGCCGGCUGGACGCUCGCGACUCUAUUCUUCGUUUUCUGCGUAUUGAUCUCGCGACGCCUACUGGCCCAGAACCCAUUGCCGACCUUGAUAGUCAUCCCCGCCGUUGCUGUCGCCACCCUAGGAGCGAUCGGUGGUCUUAUAUGUAGUUACUCCAGCGGCAUUUCGGGUCGAUUGGCGGUUCCCGUUAUCAUCUUUUCUUUCUUUGGUGUUGGCAUGGGAAUCUUCAUGGCGAUAUUUCUCUAUACAUACUUGCUCCACCAGCAGCUUACAUUGGGCUGGCCGCCACCCGGUAAAUCCGUCAUUAUAUUCUUAUACAUUGGCCCCAUGGGCCAGUCCUCGGCCGCGCUGCAAACACUAGGAUCUGCUGCUAUGACAUUCGGCCGGUUCGCUGAAUACCACAGAGGAAGCUUUCUUACAGAGAUCGCCGCAGCACCGCUUAACGUGGCAUGCGUCCUGAUGGCAAUGCUGAUGUCCGGCAUGGCAGUUGGAUGGGUCGUCCUUGCUUUCUGCGCCUUCAUCCGUGAAAUGCUUCGAAGAGAACUCAGAUGGAGCCCCGAGUGGAAUAGUAUUAUCUUCCCAACGGGAACGCUGACGACGUCGUUCCUGCUGUUUGGUGUUGCGAUGAACUAA